AUGGCGAGCUGCUGAGCGGACCUGCUGCUGCUGCUGCUUACCUUGGCCACUGCAGUCCCCGUGCAGCCCCCUCAGCCCUACGAGAAGGCCAUCGCCCGGGCCAUCGACUUCUACAACCAAGGACCGAAGGUGAAAUACGCCUUCCGCCUCCUUACAGCCACCCCUCCGCCUGAAGUGGCCCAGGGCACCAUAUCGAAUACUCUUCAGCUGAACUUCACCAUCAUGGAGACCACAUGCUCAGCGUCAGACAAAGCCCCUGUGGAGCAAUGCGCCUUCAAAGAGAAUGGGCUGGUCAGAGACUGCUCAGGACACUUCUCCACCCAGGAAGCAUGCCCUGUCCUUGCAAUCACCUGUGACGUCGCCCCUCCGCAGCCCGUUCGCGUCACCAGGUGGUGGCCCCUUGUGCGCUUAGGCGCAAAAAUCAUCGGUCAUGGCAUUUCCUUUUUCCACUCGAAGAAUUAAUCCAGAGAUUGAGGAGGGGAACGCAAGCUUGUCAGACCUGCCUGUGACCCACGCUGGAAGCUUACCAGGAAUCAAGGCGCAAGUCAGAACCGCCUCAGGGAUCACACUUUUCCUCGUGGCCUAGCUACCCCCUUAGUCCAAUUGCAUCUGCUAGGGCUUCU